AUGCAAUACGAAAAGGUCCCAGACAUUGAGACCUCUUCUUCAGACUCCCUUUUACACUCCAGAUCUACACCCGACACUCACGAAGCACACCACUACUGUCUUGUAGAACCAAAGCUAAAAAGAGUUUGGAGAGUACUGCGUGAUGAUGAGUGGCCUAGGGCCGCGAGGAUUCUCGUCGUCAUCAACACAGCUCUGAGCAUCGGGCUCUUAUGCCUGUAUCUCCAAGCGCUAUGGAGGAUACAUGCCUCCCCAUUCUACCGAGCACCGAAACCUCCUUAUUCACCUCUCCUAGAAGAUGGAGUGAUAGAGUACGAAAACAGGCGCUUCCACCCCGACCGCAUCUUCCAGCAAGACCCUUCACCGGCCGUUGACAAAGCAUGGGAGUCCAUCCUCGGGCCAAGCGACGGCGUCCUCCGCCUCCCCCUCUCCAUCUCCCGCAAGAUCGGCUACCCCUCAUCCGAAAUUUUCUACGCGCCCGGCUCCUACAUCUACGGCGUCUCCAUGUUCCACCAGCUGCACUGCCUAGACAUCCUGCGGCGUUCCUUCUGGCGAGAGACCUAUUUCCGCAACACGUCGGACGCAGAAUUCCACGACCACCGGGCGCACUGCUUGGAUUUUCUCAGACAGGCCAUCAUGUGCAACGGGGAUGUGACCAUGACGUACUGGUGGAAUAAGAACUAUACUUACACGGACCAGCAGACGGGCGAGGAAAGGUAUACGGAGGAGUAUCUGAAGAUGGAUAGGAAGGAGAGGGCACAGGGGACGAAGCUGUUGUGGGAUGUGGAACAUCAGUGUAGGAGCUUUGAGAGGAUUCACGAGUGGACGGGGAGGCAUCAGUUGAGGGAUGAGGAGUAUUGGAAAGAGGCGCCGGGGUUCAAGAAGACGGAGGGUGAGCAUGGGGUGUUUUAG